AAACAAUUGGAUGUUAGCAUCAGCAGCAUGUGAUCACACUCCUCACUCACUUACUUACUUCCCUCCCCUUCCCUUCAACUCAAUAAUUCACAACCUUUUCUCUCUCUUUCUCUCUUUUUGUUUGGUUGGUUUCAACUUUCAAGCAAAGCACACUGCACAGAGAAAUGAAGUUAUUCUCCUCCAAUGUUGUUCUGUUUUCUGUGCUGUUGCUGCUUCUGGUAGGAUUUGGAAGAAGCGGGCACGACUACCACGACGCACUAUCAAAAGCGAUCCUCUUCUUCGAGGGGCAGCGAUCGGGUUUCCUGCCACAGGAUCAGAGAAUGACUUGGCGUGGGAACUCCGGCCUCAGCGACGGCUGGACCUACAAAACGGAUCUCGCCGGCGGCUACUAUGACGCCGGUGACAACGUCAAGUUCGGGUUUCCGAUGGCCUUCACCACCACAAUGCUGUCUUGGAGCGUGCUCGAGUUCGGAGACGUGAUGCCUGCUGAUGAACUCAGAAACGCACUCGUCGCUGUUCGUUGGGCCACAGAUUAUCUUCUCAAGACGGUUUCUCAGCCCAAUCGAAUUUUUGUUCAGGUGGGUGAUCCAAGUUCAGAUCAUGAUUGUUGGGAGAGGCCAGAGGACAUGGAUACAGCCAGGACUGUGUAUGCUGUUGAUGCACCAAACGCUGCUUCUGAUGUUGCCGGUGAAACUGCUGCCGCACUUGCAGCCUCAUCCAUGGCAUUCCGGUCAUUGGAUCCGGGUUAUGCAGAGACAUUACUUCGAAAUGCUAUCAAUGCCUUUCAAUUUGCAGAUACCUACAGGGGUGCUUACAGUGACAAUAACAAUGUUAAAUAUGGUGCCUGCCCAUAUUAUUGUGACUUUGAUGGCUAUCAGGACGAGUUAUUGUGGGGAGCAGCAUGGUUAAGGAGGGCCACACAGGAUGAUAAUUUCCUUAACUACAUUCAAAGCAAUGGCAAAACCCUUGGGGCAGACGACAACAUCAAUGAGUUUGGUUGGGACAACAAGCAUGCUGGUCUUAACGUCCUUGUUUCCAAGGAAGUCCUAGAAGGAAACAUGUACUCUCUUGAGUCCUACAAGGCCUCAGCAGAGAGCUUCAUUUGCACACUCAUACCUGAAUCGCCAAGCUCACACAUAGAUUACACCCCUGGUGGACUUGUAUACAGACCCGGAGGCAGCAACUUGCAGCAUGCAACUUCAAUUGCUUUUCUUGAGUUGGUCUAUGCCAAUUACCUAACUCACACUUCACAAGCCAUCAAUUGUGGCAACGUCCAUGUUAGUGCACAAACACUUCAACAACAUGCUAAGAGACAAGUUGAUUACAUUUUAGGUGACAAUCCAAUGGGAUUAUCGUACAUGGUUGGGUAUGGAAACUACUAUCCUCAACGCAUUCAUCAUCGCGGCUCUUCAUUGCCCUCGAUCAAGGAUCAUCCUCAGUUCAUUGCGUGCAAAGAAGGUUCAGUGUUCUACAACUCAACAAAUCCUAAUCCUAAUGUGCAUGAGGGAGCUGUUGUUGGAGGACCUGGUGAAGAUGAUUUUUAUGUGGAUGACCGGGUUGAUUUUAGGAAAUCUGAGCCAACCACAUAUAUUAAUGCACCUUUUGUUGGAGUUUUAGCAUAUUUUGCUGCUAAUCCCAACUUCAGUUGAUAUAGUAAUCGAUAGAUAUAAGCUAGUUUUGUUUGUAAAUAAGAAGACAAACCACCCAAAUGUCCCCCAAGUAGUAUUUGAACUUACAACCAGUCAACUGCUCUCUCAUUGACUGUUGAGGAAUCACAUGGAAUUCGAUCUCAUAGAGUUCAAUUCUCAUUCUCAAUUCAUGACCAACUUGAGCUCGAAGUUUUAGGGGCUUGCUUGGGUUAUAGGAAUACUAUUGAAUUUGAAUAUUGAAGUCACCAUGCUGCUUGUGACCUUUACUAGAAAAGAUUAAGAUUAAACCACUACUUGAAAGUGUUUUA